AUGCAAGCCGAGGACACAACUCCGUCGCAAUAUUCGGCGCUAUCUUCGUCUCUCCAUCAUGUCCUGCUAGACCUCCACCAGAACUCCUAUCCUCAUGUUCCCAAUCCUCCGCAGUGCAAGAAACGAGCCUCCGUCGCCCUAGUCCUUCGAGUUCGACCCACGUACAAUCACCGGCCAGACCGAUCCUCGCUGCCACAAAAUGAUACUAGCGCCCCUGUGGCAGACCAACUGAACAGUUUCUUCUCCCAACCGUGGGUGCAGAAUGGAGACCCUGAAGCCCUAUUUAUCAAAAGGGCUUCGCGCGUCGGCGACCGCUGGACCGGACAUGUUGCUUUACCGGGAGGAAAACGAGAUCCAGAGGAUGUGGAUGACCGAGCGGCCGCAAUUAGGGAAGCCUCAGAAGAGGUUGGCCUCGACCUGACAACAGAUGAUUGCAUCUACGUGGGAAAUCUACCUGAGAGGGUUGUGACAUCGAGCUGGGGUAGUGUUCCAUUGAUGGUCCUAUGUCCAUACGUGUUCCUCUUAACGGGAAGCGACUCCCCUGUCCUCGAACUGCAACCAGAUGAAGUCGCGUCGACUCACUGGGUAUCGCUGAAUGUCCUCCUCUCCCCAUCUUCGCGGACGGUAGAACAUGUCGAUAUGACACAACGGCUCUCAAGUACAGGAGGACUCAUGGCUCGUCUGGCCAGCCGCGCGAUGAUGGGCUACAUGCAAUUCUCGGCGAUAAGUCUGAGACCAACAGAAACCUUGCAAUGCAGUGUCAACCUCAAGCGCAACCUUGCGACUGUUCAACCCACAUCCUGGCUUCAGAGGUGUAGAUCAGUGGUCUGCAAGUCGCAGCAGAGCUCGAACCAGGCUCCACCACUCCUUCUCUGGGGCUUGACACUCGGCAUACUCGCUGAUUUCUUGGAUAUGCUACCUCCUCACACUGCCGUCCAGCUAUGGAAAUAUCCCAAUUUCACUGCCCCCGACUUGCGCUUUCUCGUGAAUCUCGUUACGUAUAGACUACGGAAGCGCAACAUUCAUCAGAUCAAAUUCGGAGCAAGGCGCCGGCCGAGCGACACCGCCAUUGAUGGCGAAACGGCAGCGCUGCCGGUUGUCGAGGUGCACGAGAAAGACGACCGCAAUCACGCUGGCAUUGGAGGGCUUGGGAUUGGAAGAUACUAUGGUCCUUCCGAUAAGAAUCCCGAUGGCAGUUCUUACGCGGUGGGUAUCAUGCUUAGGGGUUAUUAUCAGAAGAUUCGACUGGCUCUCUAUAUCUUUGUUGCCUGGCGAAUGGCCAUGGGAUCUGUGGCGGCUCUUUGCGCUUGGAGAUAUAUACGCCGGAGACUGACUAGAGAUGCUUAG